GUCAUCAAGAGGGGACCGCAGAUAAACGAAGAAGGUCGUCGUAUCCGAAGUUGACUCUAGCACUGAGGGUUUCUCGUUUUCCCCUUCUUCUUCUUCUGCACCGUCAUGGGUAACCUUAUGGGGAAUCUCAAAACAGUGGACGGUUACUGGGGUCUUCAAGAUGUUCCGUACGAUCCGGAUGCGAAAACGUACCCGAGACCGAUGAAGAUAACCCGCGAUCCAAUGGAAGGCUUUCCGAGAGGACGGAAACCGAGAGUUGCAGUCGCCACCGAAGAGGAAAUGAUCAGCGCCAAAAUCGAACCGAGGAGACGUGACUACUGCGCUCACAAGUUGAUCGAUUUCAAGACUUGCAGAUAUACUAAAUAUCCCUUCGUUGCGUUAUGUGCCCCCGAAAAGCACGAGUGGGAGCAGUGUGUCUAUGAUGACUACAUAAUCAGACUGAAGGAAGUAGAACGAGAGAUCAGACUGCAAGAACGGGACGCCGCCAGGGCGGCAGCGGCGGCCGGCGUGGCCGCUUAGAUAGGGAAUAUGUUAUAGUGCGAGAGAGAGGCUUCGACCAAUAAAAUGGAGUGUAAAUUGUU